CUAAUAACUGCCCUCCUCCAUUCACUCCCUAUAAAUAAGACUCCAACAUUCUCUACACGAAUCCUCGCUCUCUCUCUCUCUCUCCCUCUCCCUGGUUCUAACAUUCUUCAGAAGCAGAAACCGCUCUGUAACUCACAAUGGCUAAGAAGAAAAACAACAGCAGCAGCAACAACAACAACGAAGUAGAGAAGAAAGAGGAAGAGAAAAGCAAAGGCAGUGACGGGGGAGGAAAGAAGGAAGAGAAAGGCCCAGUCCCUGUGGUUUUGAAAGUGGAAAUGCAUUGUGAAGGAUGUGUUUCAAAAAUUGUCAAAUCUGUUCGUGCUUUAGAAGGCGUAGAGACCGUGAAAGCAGAGCCAUCUUCAAACAAGCUUACUGUUACAGGAAAGAUUGAUCCCUUGAAAGUCACAGACUAUCUCCACCUUAAAACCAAGAAGCAGGUCGACCUCAUCUCUCCACAACCCCAAAAACAAGACAGCAACAAAAACAACAACAGCAGCAGCAACAAAGAAGACAAGAAAUCCAAUGACAAAAAACCAGACUCUGCUGCUAAACCAAAAGAGGCUACGGUGAGCACGGCGGUACUAAAGCUGGGACUUCACUGCCAGGGUUGUAUUAAGAAGAUUCAAAAGAUAGUCCUCAAGACCAAAGGUGUGCAAGAGAUGGGAAUUGACACAAAGACGGAAUUGGUGACGGUCAAAGGGACGAUGGAUGUGAAGGCUUUGGCCGAGACUUUGAAGGAGAGGCUUAAGAGGCCGGUGGACAUUGUGCCACCGAAGAAGGAGAAGGAAGGUGGUAAGGAAGCUGAUAAUGCUGCUGAAGGUGGCGGUGGAAAGAAGAAAGGUGGCGGGCAAGAUGCUGCUGCUGCUGCUGCUGCUGCUGCAAAAUUGGAAGAGAUCAACAGGAUGCAGUUCACGGUGCAACCUGGAUUGGGAUACAUGGAUCAGCCAACCUAUGGAAAUGGUUAUGUGGGUCAACCUGUUUAUGCUUCACAUGGACCAGAUUACGGGUAUGGGUAUGGAUUCGGGCAUGCACCGCAUCAGGGGUAUGGAUUCGGGCAUGCACCGCAUCAGGGAUAUCGACCGGUUCAGGCUUACCCAGAUCAUUUGCAGUUCAAUGAUGAGAACCCUAAUGCCUGCUCUAUCAUGUGAGGUCAAGGUGUUUAAGCAGUGCUAGUAAUUAUAUAAAAUGAGCUAAAAUGUAAAUAAUAAUGAAUAGAGUGAGUGGGGGGAGGGGGGUUUCGGUUAAGGGUGGUGGUGAUAGACGCCAAUUACUAUGAUUAUCUAUUUGGUCUGGUGGGAGGAUCUUGAUUCUGGAAUAUUUUGAAGGUUUUGGAUUAAUGGAGUAUAGUUUAUUUGGAUUUAA